GAGGCUGGCGAUUGAACCUGCGACCUCAUGGUUCCUAGUUGGAUUCGUUUCCACUGCGCCAUGAUGGGAACUCCUAUCCUUCUCUUGUCUUCAAUAGUACUAUAUGAGAAAUUCUUAAAGGUCAGGGUCCAGUCUUCUUUCCUGUUAUUGAGUUGCUGAAGUGUGAUUGAUUCAUUCAUUAGCAACUAUUAAGGGUCUUUUUUACCCCCAGCUAGUGGGUAGGCAUCAGAUACAGCAGCCCUCACCACCUGAAUGACAUGGAAAGUGACCAGAGCAGUUCAGGGCAGGAGGCGCACAUGCUCAAUAAACCGGUGUUACUGCAGUUGACAGUCAAGUAGGCCUCCUUUCCUCUCACUUUUCAGUGAACACAAAUAUCACCUCCUGCUUGUUUCACAAAAUACAGGAGGAGCAGAUGAGGGUUAUUUCACCUUGACAUUCACUGAUGAUUUAGUGAUGACUUAUACAUGUAUGAGAAUAUCUAGGCUAGUAGUCUUAAAAUUGCUAGUAUAUAUCUUCUGUGAAGGACAUGCCUUUUUGAGAUUAUCUUGCAUAAAAUUAUUGUGAUAGAUUUCUACCAAUACGUUUAGGAUGAACCGAAUUCAUGGAUAUCCCAUUUGAGAAAUUCUAGCACGUGGUCUCACUGAGGAUGAGGACAGUAAAGCAUGUAGUUUAAAAUAAGGUUUCCAUUUGACAGUGUAUAAAAAUACAUUAAUUCUAUAAUUUGUUCCUUGUGUAGGGAAGUUAUUUUAAAGUUGGCAACAGCUGUAAGUAUUUUGACAUAAAGUAAAUGGUCAGUAGUCAUGAAAGAUGUCUCAUAACCUUCAUGACAAAUACUGACCUUGUGUUUUAUUUCCCCCAUGCAAUCUAAUAAAAGAAGUUGGUUUCAUAGUUGGAGCCGCUACUAAAGCCAACAUUUAAUUCUUCCUUUAUGUCACAUUUCUUCUGUCUAUAGCCCUGCUUUCCAUGGCCCACCCUACUCCCCUGGCCUCCACUGGAACCAGCGGUUAGCUUUCUUUUUUUAGUUGGGGGCGGGAGGAGUCACAGCGAAAUACUCUCUCCUGAGAUGUACUGGGUUAUGUAGUAGUAACUAGAGAGCAACCAAGCUGUGUGGACCUGCAGACAUGGAGUUUAGCCAACUUUCUCUUUCUCAAAUGCCAGCUUCAGUAAAAGUACAGAUAACUCUGUUUGGGAACUUUUCAGCUCACAAAUAGUCAAAGUUGUGAUUGCUGUGAUCAUGCAUCCCGUGGGCUCUAUUGUUGGGCUCAAAAACUCGAAAGCUCAUGGGGACAGAGAAGUUCACAUAACAUUGCUGAGUAGGUCUGAUCUGCCCUUUGUCUCUAAGCUUUCGAUAGAAAUGUUAAGAAAUAUUUUACUUUCUUCUUAAUUCUAUUUAAGAUAGACAAGAAUGAUCAACUAGAUGGCAUGACAACUGAAAUUUGUCUGGGGACCAGUAAGGAAGGACACUGAGGAAGGCUGGAUCUGGAGCAAUGUAGGCUGAGUUUUGAAGGACGAGUUGGUGUUUGUUAAAUGGACAGGAAGAGUGGAGUGGGAAGGACAUUCUGGGUAGAGGGUACAGUGUGUGCAGUGACACAGAGGACAACAAAGCCUGGCAUAUCUGCCAGUGUGGGGCAGAGGGUGGAGGUAGGUGGCCUGAAACUGGCAUGAAAUAGCAGAGAGGCCUCAUGCCUUGCUGAAAGUUGGCCCCUUCUCUAUGGGCUAGGGAGAGCUAUGGAAAAUUUUAGCAUGUGAGACUGGUGUUUCAGCCAUGUGAGAAUGGUGUUUCAGGUUGUGUCAUUGAGGCUUGGGAAUCCAGAGACCAGUGAGCAACCUGGCAGUCGUGCAGACAGAACCGACAAAGCCGCAGCAAGGCCCCAGCCAGCCCCAGUCCCGGAAGUCUGUCGUUAUCGUCCUAAUAAUGUCGAGGCAGUGACACUCGCAGUAGUAAUGAUUCUGCUCUUCUCGUGCUCAACCCAUCAUGCCUUUUUCUUAACACUUUUGAUUGAACUUAAAUAGUGAAAAGGCACUCAUUGUGUUUAAAGGUAUCAAACACAGAUUUCUUGAUGCCUCGCCUUUAAGGUGCUAAAUGAUCAAGGGGUCCCUAAGUGUGAGUGGAGUUAUAAAACAGAGUAGGCAAAGUAGGAGUAAUGAAAUAGCCACUUGAGCUGAAGAUGUUGGCCAGAAGGCACAGACUUUCAGUUAUAAGAUGAGUAAGUUCUGGGGAUCUAUAGUUAAUAAUACUGUACUGUGACCUGGAAAUGUGCUAUGAGAAUAGAUUUUCAGCAUUUCUAUCACACGCAGAAAAGAAGGCCUCUGUGUGUUGGUAGAUGCUUGUUAGCUGAAUUGUGUAAUCAUUUCACAGUGCACAUAUGCAUCUAUCGAGUUAUCACGUUGUGUACUUCAAGUAUAUGAAGUUUUAUUUGUCAGUUAUACCUCAGUAAAGCUGAGGGAAAAAUAGGGAGUAGACUGCACUUUUGGAAGAUGUGCUAAAAACACUUCAAGGAAGAUUUAUAUUGAAACAAGAAUUUAUAAUAAUUUGGGUAGUAAUUAAGACAAUAAUAAUAGCUUAUGUUUCAUGUUAAUGAUACCUUGGUGUUGGAUUAUCUACUUAUUUUUAGAGUAAAAAUGAAUCCUUCAAUUUUUUUUUUUUUCUUUUUAGGGCUGCACCCAAGACAUAUGGAGAUUCCCAGGCUAGGGGGUCCAGUUGGAGCUACAGCUCCUGGCCUGUGCCACAGCCGCAGCAACUCAGGAUCCAGUCCACGUCUGCGACCUACACCACAGCUCAUGGCAAUGCCAUAUCCUUAACCCACUGAGCAAGACCAGGAGUUGAACCUGCAUCCUCAUGGAUACUAGGCGAAUUUGUUUCCAUUGUGCCAGAACAGGAACUCCAAAUGCUUCAGUUUUAAUACCACUGAAAGACAGGAUUUUAGAUAUUGUGAUAAAAUGAGGAGACAAAAGAGUUGUCCCACUUCUUGUUAUUCUGGCAGUUGCAUUGUGUUAAUGGCCCAUCUCACUAACCAUCCUUUGGUGUUUUUCCUGCAUGUUGCUGUUAAAUCAUAUCUCCUCCAAACUGUAUUUGUUCAUUUUCUCUGUGUUAUUGUCAUCAUCAUCGUCAUCAUCAUUUUAUUUGAGACCUUAAAAUUAUCAAUGCUAAAUUUAUCUUCUUGGAUUAGUUUGUUAGAUUAACUUCUUAGGAUCCUCAUUAUUACAUCCAAUAUAUUUCUUUUUUGCUCAUUUUUUUGGUCCACAGAUUGAUGAAUGUGAUUCCUGUAUUUCCCUCUAGUUCAUUAAUGAAAGUGUCCAGAAAAACAGAACCCUGUCAUGUCUGUCCAAAGUCUUUAUCCCAGGUUGGCAGCAUCCAUUUUAGACCCUUUGAGUAAGAUUGAUCACGGGGUGAAAGAGCCCCCUUCACUUUUUUAUAUACAACUUGAAUCUCUUUAUCUUGCUCUUGAAUAUCUUUCAGGUGUUACAGACGGUCUUGUUAAAAGCCAGAUAUUUCGUGUCUGCUUCUGACACUGGCUUUCCCAGUCCAGUGGCCUCAUCAAGUAAGGGGUGAGGUGGGGCUGAGCUACGUUGCAUUAGGGUCUCUUUCCUAAUGAAUUUUGUAAUCUUAUGUGGGGUCAGUGUCAAGCUCACAUGUCUCUGGUCUGUAGAACCCACUAUCUUGAUAGAAAGCCCCUUUCCAAAAUAGUAUUGACAAAUGCCAGUUAGUUCAGAUUCUGUUGUAUUUUUCAUUCUCUGUGCCAUCUUCUGUGGAAGACUCAAGUAAAUGUUAGGUCAAUGCUCUACUUUCACAUUCUUAGAAGACCCUGUAACCCUGGUCCGAAGCAAAAGAUUUUUAUUUGUUUCUUUUCUUUUCUUUUCUUUUCUUUCUUUCUUUUUUUUUUUUGGAGAAUUAUUUGUAUUCUAAAAUGCUGCUAUGAUUUAGGGAUCUGGGAUUGAGUAAUAUGAUCAAUUAAAAAAAAAAAAGCCCAUUUCAAUUCUUUUGGAGAGGAGAACUUUCAGAUUCUAACCCCAAAGAAUGUUAAGGAAACAUUCAGGCACAUUUUAGUCACUAUCUGCCCUGAAAUAUAAAUCUUCAAACAGUUUAUAUUUUAAGAUUAUUUCAACAGCAAGACAAGAAUUUUUUUAUGCCAAUACGUUUUGAAACAGGUUGUUAACUGGUGCCCUAAGAACUGUAUUUGGCCUGCAAAUGCGUUUUAUUUGGCUCACAUAAUGUUUUUUAAAACAUUGGGAUUAGUUGCCAGCAUUUAAAAAUAAGGAAAUUUCACAGUUUAAAAAAACCCUUGCAUUUCUGGCCCUUUUUGAAAACCUUGACAGUCUUUGACUAUACCAGAUGCUUGUCCCUACACGGUGGUAGUAAUACUGAUGACAUAGCCAGCUAGGUGCCUGCUGCAGCCCUCCCCUCCUCAUUGCCUUUCCCAGGCCACCGUUGCUCCCUUCAUCAGCCGGGCCCUCAGAGUGUGUGUGAGCCGGCACCUGCUGAGUCGAGAGCUAACCAAUCAAAAGCGUUGGAAGAACAGUAAGAGGGUAGAUUUUUGCUAUUUUGUUCCCUGGCAGUAACUGCCUGACCUCUGUCCUGAUGCGAUGGUUGGAAGUGCUUGGUAAAAGCAUUUUGGGUUUCCAUGAGGAACUGCACUCAGCUGGGCAGGGGUGGGGGAGCAGCCUUUCUGCUCACAGUCUACAUCUCAUCUCCUCGUUCAUAGACAUGACAAGCAAGAUGUCCUAGGAAGACAACAGCUGUGAAUUUCUUACGACAUUUAAAGGAGGGCAGGUAGGCCCUGGGUCACACCUAUGUGGUUUUAGAGGUGUUGGGGAGUUUGGCCAAGGUUGCAUGCCUGGAUUGGGGGGCUGCGGAUGGAGCCCCAGACUCCUGACUCCGGCUCAUUGAGUUUUUCGCUUCUCAUUUUUCAGUUUAGUGUAGUGGUCUGGAGAUGAGGUCUGUAGUCAGCUCUGGAUUUAAGUGCAAGUUCUGCUGUUGACUAGCUAUGCAACCUUCAUCAAAUGUCUAAAACCUCUUUGUGCCUGAUUUCUCUUGUUAUAAAAGGGGGAGAAUAAUGAUACUGACCUCAUAGGGUUGUCAUGGGAAUUAAACAUAAUAUUGUAUUUAAAGAACAUAAAAUAGUGUCUUGCCUAUAAUAAACAGUACAUAAUGCAUGAUAUCUGAAAAAUAGUAUUUAUGAAUUCCAUAUUAUGGUAGACUUAGCUAAAACCAGCAUUUCAACCUCUCAAAACUAUUAUGUAAUUAUUAUUUUUUUCCUCUUAGAGUUUAGAAAUGGCUUUAAGGAGAGUUUUACUACAUCUGUUUUUUUAAAAGCCUCAGUGGGAAAAGAGGAUGGGAGGAGGGAAAGAAUAAUCUUCAUAAUACCUGCUGUGAUACGAUAAAUCACCAGAGAGCAGCAGGAACAUGAAGAGGCCGCCAGUAUCUGACGCAGUGGUCUGUGAGCAUAGACAGGCAGAGAUGCGCCAGGGACUGAGUAGGGGGCUGUUGGUGUGACAACCUCCUGACGUUUGGCCUGGACUUUGAAAGAAAGAUGCGAUGGAGAUGGAGAUGCUCUUCAGAGCCAGGAGAGUCACUGUGGAAGAUGGAUUUUGGGAAGCCCCUGUGGAGGCCACGGGAUGAAUUAAGUAGUGGUUUAAAUGCCCGCUGCUGGAGAUGCCGAUGAGGGCCUGCCAGAGCAGUGGGGAUGGAAGAAGGGGUGGGUGUUGGAGCAGAGUCAAGGUGUGUUUGGGAGGGAGAAAUGGUGAGUGGGUGGAAAGGGUAAGGAAGGAGGAGGAGUUGAUUGUGACCCAGGAGAAACUGGUGCCUUGAAUGGGGACUUGUCAAGGGGCAGGUUUGGAAGGGAAAGUGAGUUUAGUUUUGCAUGUGUGGAGUUUUGGGGGAAAUCUUGUGAAAUAUCUGAGUGAAUAUGUAGCAUCAAAGUAUUUUGUCAUUUCUGAAAGACCUCAUUUGAGUGGAUUUGUGCAGGUAAGAAAGAAACUGUCCGGUAGAUAGUUAAUCUGUAACCGGGAAGGUAACAAUCCUGGAAAUACAUAGUUAGAUGUCAUUACUUAGGAGUGAUGGUUAAAGCCACAAGAAUAGAGGGUGCUGUUCCGUGGAGCAGUGUGGGGUGAGGGAGUAGGGGGUUAAAGGUGUUCCACCAAGGAAGUUGAGAAGGAAUGGUAUCCUAAUGGCAUCUCUAGUCAGUGGGGGAAGGAAUGGGUUAUUUAAUAAACAGUGUUGGGACAAGUGGUGACCUUUGGUGGAGGGAGGGGAAAGCUAGGUCUCUGGCUCAUACUGUUCACCAAAAUUACUUUCAUAUGGAUUAAAGCUAAAAAAGUCUUAAUUGUACUUGAAGACAGUAAAGAUGACAAUAUAUCUAAUCUUAGCAUGAGAAAGAAGUUUACAUUCAGAAACCAUAGAGCACAAAAUUGAGAAAUCUUUCUUAAUAAAAGUCAAAUAAAAACCUCACUGGAAAGUAAGAGAACAAACUGAGAAAUGUAUGUGUACUGUGUAUUAUAGAGUUAAUAUUCAUAUAAUGAUAUUUCUUUCUAAUUGAGCAGUAAGGAACAGAUUAUUGCUAAUUUAAAAGACAGGCAAACGGUAGAAUAAAUAGUUUAUAAAUAAAACAUUGCAAAUUACCAGUAAGCAUAGAAAACAUAUUUUGAUUACAUAAGCAAGGAAAUGAGACUUAUGGCUAACAGUCAGAAGAGAUUAAAAUAAAAUAGAAACGAUAACCCUUGAUAGUAGUGAGAGUGUGAAGAGGCAUGAACUGGGGAGUGGAGCUGUUCCUAGUUCUUUUCGAAGAUAAACCUAUAUCUUACUUUCUUGCAUGUUAAAGAGCUCUUACAUGUUUUUGAGCAAGAAAGAAUGUUCUUCGGGUUGUUUCUUGAGUAGUAGAGUGUUUCACCCUUGUGAUGGAAGGAACAGACAAGUUCAUUUGUCUGCUGGGCACUUAUGGACAUUUACUGAAGGCUGUUGAAGACUCUCAACAACCCAGCUGAGGUGAGAGUUGAGUGGACAGAUGUCUCUGUGCUAUGGGGGGGAGGGCCUUCUGGGGCCUCCUGAAGUGGGGGCGGGAGGCAUUGGAGCAUGGAGAACAGAGCCGUGGUUUGAGGGAAGGCCUGGGGCCUGUGAGGAAAUGGAGGUUUGGGGGCUGCAGGUCUUCAGCUCCACCGCAGAGGGGAUUGGAGGCCAACGGCUGGUGGCCCCUGGAAGGGCUUGGUCUGCUGGGUUGAACAGGGGCUUGGAGCAGUGGGAACCUUUGGAGGAUUUUAAGCACUAGAGCAAUGUACUCACAUCUGUUUUGACAUGCCGAAGAUGAUAAGGAACAGGCUGUUGGAUUAACAGGGAAGUCCUUGCUGGAAUGAAGACCAGAACCAACAGAGAGGAGUGUAAGGAUCCUGAGGGAAAAAAAAUCUAGGUGACAGUGUGUAAAAAAUUCCUAGGAAAUUCAGAAAAACAUAAGCUAGAUUCUUAUAUCAUAGCAAAAGUUGAAUUUCAGCAUUAUUCCCCUCCACGCAGAAUGUGGACUCAAGGAUGGAGCUGUAGAGCUGUCCUCUGAUUUAAUUCCCAAACUUCUUGGUUCACAGUGUCCUUGUGUUUCAUUAAUGUUAUUACAGUGCCCCCAGGUCAAAAGAAAUACCUAACAGUUCUUUUUAUCAAGUAGUUAGGUCCAAACAGCUUAGUAAGUAUUUAUGACCUGACACUUCAGUAGCAUAUCAACUUAAAAGAAAUAAUACUUUUAUUUCAUUCUUAAAAAGCUACAUCUGUGAACCUGCUGUGUAUUGCACAGCUUCUCAAACCUUGGAAACAGAUUCGGCACUGCCACCCUCAUUUCCAUUUCUCCAUUGAUUUUUGGGGUGGUACUUGUGUUUUAUCACAGCAUCCAGCCUUCCCUCCCAGUUCACAAAGAUAUGAUGUCACCGAGAGGAAUGCAGCAUGACCUAGUGCUGAAACCCAACUACUUUGAGCUAAAGGUUCUCACAGGGUUGGACAGAUGUCGCAUUGUUUACUCCGAAAAUUUACAAUAUACUCUGGUACCCCACAUCUUUUGCUUUUGUGCCUUGGGGCAUCUCCAUGCCUGGUUCAGGAACCACAGCUCUAACUUUUGUUCUCAGUAUUGGCCUACUUGGGUUACUGUGAAGCCUGGCGGUCAAAGACAGUAUGCAGACAUACACAUUUAUUUACGUCUCGGGAUUCAUUGGCCCAUCAGCCAGCUUCGAGUUUUGAGUGUCUGCUGUGCUUGAAGACUGAGGGGAGACGGGGUGCUUACUGUGAACAGAGACGGUGUUUCCUCUCAAGGAGCUUCCAGUUUACCAGAGGAAUUACAGAAUUGGGAAGGGUCAGCAGUCUUUUCUGUAACAGGCCAGGUGGCCGAUAUUUUAGGUCUGCUGGCCUUGUCUCUGUGGAAGCUGUUCAGGCCCAACACGGAAUUGUGCAAAUAGCCCUGGACAGCACUUAAGCAGAUGGGUGUGGCUGUGUUCUAGUAAAACUUUAUUUACAAAAACAGAGGCAGGUGGAAUCUGAUCUGCAGGUCAGUUUGUGCAACCCCUGUGAUGGAGAUGUAAUUACAUGUCCUAGAAGCAGGGGAAGGAGCAGUAGACCAGGGGAAUCUGGGAAGGUAUCAGGGAGGUGAUGAGGCGCUCUCCCUGCCUCCCCCCAGGAGUCCCCCAGGCGAGUGGAGGAGAGGGGGCUGAAAGAGUUAUAGAGGGAAUUCCAGGCCGAAGGAAGAACAUGCAAAUAUAGUCCUGAAGGGGUCUGGCACCUGGGAGAAUGGGAUCAGUUUUAGUGUGAACUGGAGCGAGAUCGGAGGGGAGGUACAGGGCUUCUUUCCUGAGUUAAACUCUGUUCUCAUUUUUCUCACUUUUUGUUUUCUACCUCAUUUUUUGGUGAAUCACAUCCUCUAGUAGCCUCCAGAGAAUGGCUGCAUGGAAGGAAUCUCUUUUGAGAUCUGGGAUGUCUUAAUAAAAUAUAUGUUAUUCUUUCAAUUAGUAGUUUGGAUGAGUAUGGAAUUCAAGUGUGAAAACAAUUUUCACUCAGAUUUUAGAGGAUGUUCUUGUUCGCUUUCAGUGCUAAGGAGUAUUCCUCCCCCACCCCGAGAGUAUUUACUGACCACACUGCCAGUGUCUCCUGCACACACCUUCCCCAUGUGACAGUGGGGGGCUUGUCAGCUCAGGGGGCUGUUCCCUUGCUGCACCCAUUCCGGGGCCCUAUAUGGGAACUCUGCCCCCCCAAGCUUUUCUGAUCUUCUUUUAUGCAAUUAUCCUGGGUGCUGUACUUUGGAAGGAGUCUUUUUCGCUGUGCUGGGUACUGGGUGGGCUCUUUGAGGACUAGAAUUUUGUAUUGAAAAUGGAUUCUUUGUACAUCUUUGUUAUUGCAGUUGUCUCUUAAUCUUAGAACACCGCUUCCUUCAAGCUUCCUGCUUCUAAAACCUUUAACUCUCCCUACAUAGUCUGGUCUCAAUCUGCCUUCCCAAACUGAGCUUCUAGGUCCAGCCAGGUUGGGGUUUUUCAUGGGUAUGCUCUCAUUUGACUUCAGUCCCCUGCCUUCCCUUUAAUGAUACCAUGGAGUCUACCUACCUGUGAGGUUUGUUCCUGAAAAGCCUUUCAGAGGGUGGUGCUUGAGGAACUUAAGUUCCUGUGACUAGGAAAGAGGUUGCUGCUGGUCAGUUUUCAAAUAACUUUUCUUUUCUUUUUUUUUUUUUUUUUGUCUUUUUGUCUCUUGUUGUUGUUGUUGCUAUUUCUUGGGCCACUCCCGCGGCAUAUGGAGGUUCCCAGGCUAGGGGUUGAAUCGGAGCUGUAGCCACCGGCCUACGCCAGAGCCACAGCAACGCGGGAUCCGAGCUGUGUCUGCAACCUACACCACAGCUCACGGCAACGCCGGAUCGUUAACCCACUGAGCAAGGGCAGGGACCGAACCCGCACCUCAUGGUUCCUAGUCGGAUUCGUUAACCACUGCGCCACGAUGGGAACUCAAAUAACUUUUCUUUUAAUCUUCCCCAGUAGAAACCAAGAAAGAAAGGGACACUAAGGCAGAUGGGAAUUGGCUCUAGAACACUGCCUUCCUUCCAUCCGGCUUCCCUUGCUGGCGUGAGCGCCCAGCACCUCCUCUCUGUAGACUCAGCAGCCUGCUAGCACAUCUAUUUUGCUGUCUUGUAGUUAGGCAGUUUUUCUCCCUCCAGUGUCUCAUUCCUUCGAGAGUUAGCGACAAGGGAGUUAUCUCACUGAGGUGACAAGGAUAGAGAGGCUUUGAGCUGUUUUUACUCACCUCCCCUACCGAGCAGGUAUUUGUCAAACCCUGUCCUAGGCUGGGGUAGGUUCGUGCCAGCAGAAAAGGCUUACUCGUUCUGUGUCACCUUCCCUCUCUGCCCAUCACCCUCCCCCCCCCAAAGAAAAAUGACCAUAAACCGCAUAGGUUAGGACCACAGUUCCUGGUGCUCCUCUGCCUUGAGCUUUACUUUUCUCCACUCUUUUUUCUAACUCUUGUCAGCAGAAAGGUCCAAAACUCCAGUAAAGACACAAAAACAAGCAAAACAUGGAUUUUUUUUCUUUCUCUUCAACAGUUUUAUUUGAUUCUGCAUGAUCCAUUUUCCUAAGCAGAAGGUUUUAUUGACAUUUUAAAAUCCUUUCAAAUAAUUACAUUGCACAGGAUACAAACCGGUAGCCCUUAGGCAGGAAGGGCUUAUGUCUGAAGGUGUAUUUUGUUUGGCCUUUAGAAUGUUUAAAAAAUAUGAAUAAGUUGCUAAUGUUUACAAAUUUGACUCUUUCAUGUAAAAUCCCAGAUUUCCACCUUGCCUUGAAAAAAAAAGAAAAUCCGGCAAAACAAGGCUCAUAAUCACCACUUUGCGAGCAGGUGGCUCUCCCCACCAAGGACGCAGAGCUCCGGUUGGCACCUGCCUGUGUAGUUUCUUACCUGUCUAGCUCCUCUAGGCAUUUACAUUUGCAUUCUUCUGUGUGUCAAGACAGCUAUCCGAGUUUUGAAAAUUAGCUCUUGAAAUUCCAUAAAAAUGUGCUUUCCUCUAAGGCAUAAGGCAUUGGUGGGGAAAAAAAAUAAGUUCUGACAGUGUAUCUUAUUGGAAGGGAGCAGAGAUAAGUUUCAUGUGUCCUUGUUUUCCUGGAGGCACACUGGAAGGCCCUGUUCACGUAUUCUUCCGGCCUCAAAUAAGUCUAAUUGGUAGAGAAGCCAGAUCUAUUACAAGCGCAUUAUAUGGCCUGAAUGACUUCCUCAGAAUUUUCUAUGUAAAUGUUAUAACAGGAAGGUCCUCUUUAUCACCUUGCCUAUUUUCAGUGAAGCUGGCCUUGGUGACAGUGUCCUUGAUUCUGCUCUUUCUGAGCAUGCCCGCCCUGAGCCUCGCAGGCCUCCUCAGUGGUGUUGGGGGCUGCUGCUGACCUUGUGCUCCUGCCGACUGCUGGCUUGUGCCUGCCAGUGGGAGUGGAGUAUCCCAGCUUAGCUUCAGGAAAUCUCUCGUGUGGACCCUGAGUAGAGCUUGCCUCCCUGCCGCCAAGGUUGGAGGGAUUAAGUGAUUUGUGCUCAGUCACACUGCUAAUUAGCAAGGGAGCCAGGAUGAGAGUCUUAAGUCCACUGCACCUCUGUCCAGAGCUCAUCUUCCACCUGCCACUUCUUGGGACACACUCUACUUUUCUAGAACAACUGUAAACUUGAGGGAUUGUCUUAUUUCAAGGUGGUGUUUAGCCAGUCAGUGAAAAUGGUUUGUGAUCAUUUUAGUAGUGGUUUGGUCAUGUUUGGUCUUCUUUAUUCAGUUUUUCCUGUACACACCAUGUAAUUCUGUAACUUAAGCAAUUGGCAUUUUAGACAUUCCAUGAAUAAAUUUUCAUUCUAAUAAGGAAGUUUGGCAACACAGUGAUUGACUAGGAAGCUAUUCAUUCAUCCAGAAAAUAAUUUAACAGUUUUGAAAUGUGUGCUCAUGCCUCAUGUGUGCUUUGCUUAUGAGUAUUUGCUCAGUUUGGGAUUCAUUUCUUGAGUUUUGGUACUACUCACCAAUAGCCAGCCAGUCAUCCGGCCAUUUGCUUUCACUAAGAAAAACAUUUCUUGAAUUCUCUUACUAGACACCGGUUAUUUAGAUGCUGGAUCACCUUUCCUUUGUCAAGUCCAUUUCUCACAUCCUGUCUCACAUUUCCUAUUUCUGCCUUUUGCUUAUUCUGAAAGAUUACUCACUGUCACUUAUCUGUUUAUUAAAAUUUUUUAGUGUCUGAGUUCCCAUCAUGGCACGAACCUGACUAGGCACCAUGAGGUUGCGGGUUCGAUCCCUGGCCUUUCUCACUGGGUUAAGGAUCCAGCGUUGCUGUGAGCUGUGGUGUAGGUCGCAGAUGUGGCUCGGAAUUCCGCAUUGCUGUGUUUCUGGCGUAGGCUGGCAGCUAUAGCUCCGAUUAGACUCCUAGCCUGGGAACCUCCAUAUGCCACAGGUGUGGCCCUAGAAAAGACAAAAAAAAAAAAUUUUUUUUUAAAUAUCAGCCAAUGUAUUUAACAUAUAAGAGCUACAUUUAUUUUGAUUAUUCGUUUUUCAUUGCAUUCUCUUCUUGUUUUUAUGGCUGUGCUGUGCCUGCUCAGAAUAAUAUUUAGAGGCAGUUUUCUGUUUUGUUCUUUGUUUGUUUGUUUUUAAGUUUUCCUCUUCCUCACAUAAUCCCUAUUUCCUCUGGGAGUAAUUUUUAUUUUCUUCUUAGUGAUCCGGCUUAUCCUGAGUUUCUCUUUAAUGAUUUAGGCUUUGCUUAUAAGUUUGGAUCUUUCAUUAUGAUCUCCAAUUGUCUAUUCCAGUAUCAAAAUGAGGCAAUAUUAGGUGUGACAAGGAGUUUUUAGCAUGUAGGGAGGACUUGUUGGCUGGCAGCCUUCAUUCAGCAAGAGUGGACAGAACACCAUUACUCAGAGGAAUCCCUGUGUCAGGUGUAGAAGGCUUUCCUUCUUGGCACCAUGUCUUUGUUAGCUGCUCUGCCCCCUAACAACUCUUUAAUGUUCUGCAGGAGAACACUUCUGUUGGAGUGGGGAAUAGGAGCAUGGUCAAAGUUGACUUCCAUAAAUAGAUCUUCAAACCCUUUAGCUCCAGCCCUCAUAAAUCACUGCCUCCUUCUUCAUGCACCCAGAGAGGAUUUGAGUGGCCCCACUAUCCAGCCAGCAUUGUUUUUUCCACCAAAUCUAGUAGCAUAUUUGCCUUCUCUCUUCUCCCUACACCUCACAUAAUAUACAGAAUACACUUACAACACAUAUAUGUGCUUGGCACUAUUCCAGGUUCUUUCCAUAUAUUUACUCAUUAAAUCUUCACAACAAAAUUACAAGCAAAAUAUAGUUAUCAUCCUUACUUUACAGUUGAGGAAACUGAAGCACAGAGAGAUUACAGUCACACCUAAGUGCAGAAGCUGGAGCUCAGAGCCUGUGUGUGUUCAUAAGCACCACACUGUCCUGCCUGUAAUGGAUGGGACUGACUGCAUUUCACAAAUGAUUUCCUUACGUUUGAAGAGACCAUCCUGGAUGGUGGACAGUAGGAGAAUGAGGACGACUUCCGAUUUCCAAUGGCUCUUAUUAAUGUUUCUUCUUAUGUAUUUAAUGAGUCAAGUAAACAGCCAGAAAAAAAGGACUCCUCGUGAUCUGAAGUGUGUAACAAACAACUUACAAGUGUGGGACUGUUCUUGGAGAGCGCCCUCUGGAGCAGGCCGUGCUGCUGCUUAUGAAGCUUGCAUUGAAAACGGGUCUCAUUCUUGUUAUCGAUUGGAGAAAAAUUUUAAAAUCCCAGCUCUUUUACCUGGUGAUCAUGAAAUCACAAUAAACCCUUCACAUGACUUUGGAAGUUUUAUAAGUAAAUUUACGCUAAAUGAAAAAAACGUUUCCUUAAUUCCAGGCACUCCAGAGAUCUUGAACUUGUCUGCUGAUUUCUCAACUUCCACAUUACACCUCAAGUGGAAUGACAAGGGUUCUGUUUUUCCACGUCACUCAAAUGUCAUCUGGGAAAUUAAAGUUCUGCGUAAAGAGAAUAUGGAAAUCGUAAAAUCAGUGACCCACAACACUACUCUGAACGGCAGAGAUACAGUUCAUCACUGGAGCUGGACCUCAGACAUGCCCUUAGAGUGUGCCACUCACUACGUGGGAAUUAGAUGCUACAUUGAUGAUCCUCUCUUCUCUGGUCGCAAAGAGUGGAGUGACUGGAGCCCACUGAAGAAUAUCUCUUGGUUUCCUGAUUCUCAGACUAAAGUUUUUCCUCAAGAUAAAGUGGUACUUGUAGGCUCAGAUAUAACAGUUUGUUGUGUGACUCAAGAAAAAGUGUUAUCGGCACAGAUUGGCAGAACAAAUUGUCCCCUUAUCCAUCUUGAUGGGAAAAAUGUUGCAAUCAAGAUCCGUAAUAUUUCUGCUUCUGAAAGUAGUGGAACAAAUGUGGUUUUCUCAGUAGAAGAUAACAUGUUUGGAACAGUUAUUUUUGCAGGAUAUCCACCUGAUAUUCCUCAAAAACUGAACUGUGAGACGUAUGAUUUAAAAGAGAUUAUAUGCACUUGGAAUCCAGGAAGACCAACAUCCUUGGUGGGCCCACGCAAUACAAGUUACACUUUAUUUGAAAGUUUUUCAGGAAAAUAUGUUAGAUUUAAAAGAGUUGAAGUGUCCACAAAUGAAAGCUAUCAAUUAUUCUUUCAAAUGCUUCCAAACCAAGAAAUAUACAAUUUUACGUUGAAUGCUCAUAAUCCUCUGGGUCAAUCAGAAUCAACACUUUUAGUUAACAUAACUGAAAAAGUUCAUCCCCAUAUUCCUACUUCAAUCAAAGUGAAGGAUAUUAAUUCAACAGCUGUUACUCUUUCCUGGCAUUUACCAGGCAACUUUGCAAAGAUUAAACUGUUAUGUCAAAUUGAAGUUAGUAAAACUAACUUAGCACGUGAAUUGCGGACUGUCACAGUGAAAGGAGUAGAAAAUUCAAAUUAUCUUGCUGUUGUGGACAAGUUAAAUCCGUAUACCCUUUAUACUUUUCGCAUUCGUUGUUGCACUGAGCCUUUCUGGAAAUGGAGCAAAUGGAGCAAUGAAAAACAGUAUCUAACCACAGAAGCCAUUCCUUCAAAAGGACCAGAUACUUGGAGAGAGUGGAGUUCUGAUGGAAAAAAUUUAAUAAUAUAUUGGAAGCCUUUACCCGUUAAUGAAGCUAAUGGGAAAAUACUUUCCUAUAAUGUAUCAUGCUCCUCAGAUGAGGAAACACAGUCCCUUUCUGAGAUUCCUGAUCCUCAGCACAAGGCAGAAAUACAACUUGAUAAAAAUGACUACAUCAUCAGUGUUGUGGCAAAAAAUUCUGUUGGCUCCUCACCACCUUCUAAAAUAGCUAGUAUGGAAAUUCCAAAUGCUGAUCUCAAAGUAGAGCAGGCUGUUGGAAUGGGAAAUGGGAUUCUCCUCACUUGGAAUUACAAUCCCAACAUGACUUGCGACUACGUAAUUAAAUGGUGUAACUCAUCUCGGUCUGAACCCUGCCUCAUGGACUGGAAAAAAGUCCCUUCAAACAGCACUGAAACUGUAAUAGAAUCUGGUAAGUUUCGACCAGGAGUAAGAUAUAAUUUUUUCCUGUAUGGAUGCAGAAAUCAAGGAUAUCAAUUACUGCGUUCUAUAAUUGGAUAUAUAGAAGAAUUGGCUCCAACUGUUGCACCAAAUUUUACUGUUGAGGAUACAUCUGCAGAUUCAAUUUUAGUGAAAUGGGAAGAUAUUCCUGUGGAAGAGCUUAGAGGCUUUUUAAGAGGAUAUUUAUUUUACUUUGAAAAAGGAGAGAGAGAUACAUUUAAGAUGGAGGGUUUGGAAUCAGGUCGUUCUGACGUAAAGGUUAAGAAUAUUACUGACAUAUCCAGAAGACACUGGAAUGCUGACCUUCAGGUAAACAGUUACCAUCUAGUCUUACGAGCCUAUACAGACGGGAUGGGCCCAGAGAAGACAGUUUGUCUGACAAAGGAAAAUUCUGUGGGAUUAAUUAUUGCCAUUCUCAUCCCAGUGGCAGUGGCAGUCAUUGUUGGAGUGGUAACAAGUAUCCUUUGCUAUCGGAAACGAGAAUGGUAAUGAUUUGCUACUCUUGCUGUUUUGUUCUCAAGGGCAUGUUUAUUUAGUUUAUGUGUUAACAUAUAUGUUUUUGGUGGAAAGUAGGUAGUUAAAAAAUACCUGUAUUAGUCAGAAUUAAUGUUGGAGUUAAUAUUAAGCAAGAACAUGGCACAUUAUUUUCAGGU